ACGGAUAUUCACAAGUAAGAAGAGGAUCAAGCUGUUUGUGUAGUGUGAUAUGAUGAGAGUUAUUGUGUAAGGAAGAGAAGAAGAAAUAUGGAGAAAGGAGAAGCUUCACACAAGAAGAAGAAAACUGCCGCUGACCGCUUUACUGAUAUUGUGUUUUCUUGGUCUCUGGAAGACGUCUUCAAUGAAAAUCUUUUCAAGGACAAGGUGGAAAAGAUUCCAGAAUCGUUUCGAUCGGUUAGGCAGUACUUCGCUUCUUAUGUCAACCCUUUAUUGGAAGAAACUCGAGCCGAGUUGCAUUCAAGUAUGGAAACGCUAUAUAGAGCACCAUUUGCUGAGGUUAUCUCUUUUGAAGAAGCUAAACCAUAUGGGACAAAAGUAUAUCAAGUUAAAGUUAAUUACUGGAGAAGCAAGUUCAACAAUGGCCGCGGCAAGGAACCUUACAAAACUUUGCCCGGCGAUAUCCUUGUUUUGGCACAUUGUAAACCAGAAACUGUUUCUGAUUUACAAAGCUUAGGAAAGUCGUGGGCCUUUCUGUCACUCAUUGAUAUCAGAGGGGAUGGUGGUACUAAUUUCAAGGUCAAGGCAUCAAAAGAGUUUGAAAACAACGUUAAGACGAAGAGUCCGUUGUAUGUCAUUUUCUUGGUGAAUGUAAUCCCCCAGAAAAGGAUAUGGGAAGCAUUGCAUAUGUUCAGCAAUCUGCAGAUAAUAACUGAAACUCUGUGCAACAAUUCUGCGGUUAAGAAAAAGUGUGAUGGCCGUUGCAAGAAAAAUAAUGGCGUCGGGGAUGAGAAGAUGGUGAAGAGUUUAUCUUCCGAACUCAAUGAGUCCCAGACAGGAGCAGUUGUUUCCUGUCUUCAUAUGAUGCAGUGCAAGAAGAAAUCUGCCGUGGAACUUAUAUGGGGUCCACCAGGGACGGGAAAAACUAAAACUACUAGUACUCUUCUCGUUACCCUCUUGAGAAGGAACUAUAAAAUCCUCAUUUGUGCUCCCACAAAUGUUGCAAUUACUGAACUGGCUUCUCGGGUCCUGAAGAUGGUAUUGGAUGCGCAGUCUGACGACUUGUUUUGUUCAUUGGGAGAUAUUCUUCUCUUUGGUAUCAAGGAGAGGCUCAACAUUGGUUCAGAUAUGGAAGAAAUAUACUUGGAUUAUCGAGUCGAACAGCUCGCGGAGUGCUUUGGACCACUCGGUUGGAAUUAUUGUUUCACUAACAUGAUAAAUUUUCUCACAUAUUGUGUUUCUGAGUACCAUAUUAUCUUGGAAAAUGAGUUAACUGAAGGAGAACAAGGCGGUGAAAGUAGCAUUGAGAAGGGAAGUGUGAGUAAGAGUGAAGUUGCCAAGAAAAAAUUCAAGUCAUUUCUAGAAUUUGGGAGAGCGAGAUUUGGUUUUAACUUCUUGGAGCUCAAAAGAUGCAUCUCUAAUAUCUGCAAACAUACAACAAAAAGUUACAUUCUGAAAAAAAAAUUUAAAAGCAUGGUGUCCCUUAUGGGCUUACUUGAUUCUUUCCAAUCAUUGUUGUCUCAACCUGAUGUAGUCUCUGAAGAACUGGAAGAGCUCUUUUCUCAUUCAGAAGUAGUUGGAGAGCUUCCUCAUUCAUCUGGAGAGAAACCGUCUUUCUUGCUGUUUCAGAAGAGAAACGAAUGUCUCUCUCUUUUGAGAACUCUUCGCGGUUCCCUCGCAGAACUUGAUAUGUCAAGUUUUAAGAGCCGAAAAGCAAUUAAGAAAUUCUGUUUUGAUAGAGCUUCAUUAAUAUUCUGUACUGUGUCGUGUUCUUUUAAGCUGCAUAAUAUGGAAAUUAAGCCAACCAUUUUGGUUAUUGAUGAAGCUGCACAGUUGAAAGAGUGCGAAUCAACAAUACCUCUUCAACUUCCAGGUCUCAAGCAUGCCGUUCUUGUUGGUGAUGAAUGGCAAUUACCAGCAACUGUUAAAAGCAAAGUUUCUGAGGACGCUGGAUUUGGAAGAAGUUUGUUUGAGAGGUUGAGCUCACAAAAUCAUCCGAGGCACCUCCUGAGUGUGCAAUACAGAAUGCAUCCAUCCAUAAGUAUUUUCCCAAAUUCAGAAUUCUAUCAUAACCAGAUCCAGGAUUCAGCUAUUGUGAAAAGGGAAAGCCAUGGAAAGAAUUAUCUUCCUAGACCAAUGUUUGGUCCCUAUGCUUUUAUCAAUAUUAUCGGUGGAAGAGAGGAAAAGGAUGAUGACGGACAUAGUCGAAAAAAUAUGGUGGAGGUAGCUGUUAUCUUGAAAAUACUGCAGAACUUGUACAAAGUAUGGCGUAAGUCACAACAUGAGCUCAGUAUUGGUAUAGUGUCUCCCUACGCUGCUCAAGUAGUUGCAGUUCACGGAAAACUUGGGAAGAAGUAUGAUAAAAUUUGUGGCUUUCAAGUAAAGGUGAAAACAGUUGAUGGGUUCCAGGGUGGGGAAGAAGACAUAAUAAUAAUGUCGACUGUGCGCAGUAGCGGCAGUCAUUCGUUGGAUUUCGUCUCCAAACCUCAGAGAACUAAUGUUGCUCUUACAAGGGCAAGGCACUGCCUCUGGAUUUUGGGCAACGAAAAAAUUUUAGCCAAUAGUCAAUCCGUCUGGGCGGCUAUUGUCCUUGAUGCAAAAAAACGCGGAUGCUUCUUUAAUGCCGACCAUGACGGAGACUUGGCCAAGUCUAUAACAGAGGUCAAGAAAGAAUUUGGCCAAUUUGAAGACAUGCUUAAUCCUGACAGUAUACUUUUCAAGAGUUCUAAGUGGAAGGUCUUUUUCAGUGACAACUUUCUGAACUCAUUCAGAAAAUUGACAUCAGUUGAAACAAAGAAGUCAGUUAUAAACCUUCUACUUAGACUCUCUGAUGGCUGGAGACCUAGGAGGCAAGUUAUAGCAUUUUGUGAAAGCCCUUUGCAGAUAAAUAGUUUUAAGGUUGUAGGUUUGAGUGUUGUCUGCACUGUCGACAUAGUAUCAACAGAUUCGGGGCACAUGCAAGUUUUGAAGAUCUGGGACCUGCUGCCUCCUGAGAAUAUUCCGGAAUUCGUAAAAUGCCUAACCUGUACUUUUGAGAAGUGCACAGAAGCUUUCAUCAACCUGUGCAAUGAAAAAUGCUUGGAAGGAAAGAUACCGAAAGUUUGGCCAACCUCUUUGGACAUUGUCCGUUUCAAGCAUCUUUCCAUGAAUGAAACUGGAAGUGAUUUUGUUGGUGUUCCUGAUGGUAGAGGUUAUACUGAGAAUUCAAGAGUUGGUGAGAGUUCACUGCCAAUGAAAUUCUACUCCCUGUCAAAUUGUGUAGUGAAUCACAUGUUAUCUGAUCGCGAUGCCAGAGAAUUGGAUCUUCCUUUCCAAGUAUCGGACCAAGAAAAGGAGAUAAUCCUUUUUCAUAGAAGUACAUUCAUUCUUGGACGGUCAGGAACGGGAAAAACUACCGUCUUAACCAUGAAGUUGUUUCAUAAAGAAUACUUGCAUCACCAGACUAUGGAAGGACUUUAUGGAGUCAAGAGCAAUGUAUUUGGACAUGUUAAUCAAAAUAGUGUGGUUGAGAAGAACUCAGAAAAAACUAGGGGAAAUGUUCUGCGCCAACUUUUUGUAACGAGUCCUAAACAAUGCAAUGCUGUGAAACAGCGGUUUUCCUACUUGAGAAGCUUUUCUUGCAGCGGCAGCCAUUCAUCCGAAAGCAGUCUGAUUCAUAUGGAUGACAUUGAUGCUGAAGAAACUGAAUCUAAGAAAAUUCCUGAUUCUUUUCAUGGUAUUCCCGCUAAUCAUUACCCUCUUAUCAUAACAUUCCAUCAAUUCUUGAUGAUGCUCGAUCGAACAUUGGGCAACUCCUUCUUCGAAAGUUUCAUUAAUAUGGCAGAACUUUCUAGGAGCCAAAUGUGCACAUCAAGAUCAUGCGUGCUUCAGUCGUUCAUAAGAGCCAAAGAAGUCAAUUUUCAGAGGUUUUGUUCACAAUACUGGCCUCAUUUUGACUGUCACCUGACAAAGGAGCUUGAUCCUUCUGGAGUUUUUACUGAGAUAAUUUCUCAUAUCAAAGGUGGACUGAAAUCCAUGGAAGCAAUCGAUGGUAAACUUGCUAGGGAGGACUAUGUUGUACUGUCAGAAGGAUGUGCCUCUAGUUUGAUCGGUAGGAAGAAAAGGGAGAGAAUAUAUGAUAUAUUUCAGAUUUAUGAAAAUAUUAAGAUGGAAAAAGGUGAAUUUGAUUUGGCUGAUUUUGUGAAUGAUCUCCAUCGUCGACUCAAACGUGAAAGAUAUCAGGGUGAAGGAAUGAAUUUCCUAUAUGUUGAUGAGGUGCAAGAUCUUACAAUGAGUCAAGUUGCUUUGUUUCGACAUGUAUGCAAUAAUGUUGAAGAAGGUUUCACUUUUUCUGGUGACACUGUUGAAACAAUUGCAAGAGGUAUUGAUUUCAGAAUCCAAGACAUACGAUCAUUGUUCGACAAGAGCUUUGUAUUGGAACCCAAAAGGGAACACAAGGAAAGGAAAGAUGAUGGUCGAAUGACGAACAUUUUCCAUUUGACUCGAAAUUUUCGGUCCAAUGCUGGUAUCCUAAAGCUGUCACAGAGCAUUAUUGAAUUACUCUAUCAUUUCUUUCCUCUAUCUAUUGAUAUUAUGGAACCUGGAACCACAACUGUAAUCGGUGAAACUCCAUUUUUGCUUGAAUCCCGGAGCAAUGAAAGUCCAGCCUUCACCCUCUUUGGAAAGAGUGAGAACACAAGUAGAAAUGUUAUCAGUUUCGGCGCACAGCAGGUGAUUUUGGUAAGAGAUGAAAGCGCUAGACAGAAAAUAAAGGACUAUGUUGGGAAACAAGCUCUUAUCUUAACCAUAAUGGAAUGCAAGGACCUGGAGUUUCAGGAUGUAUUAUUGUACAACUUUUUUGGAUCAUCCCCUCUGGGAAAACGGUGGAGAGCCAUAUAUAAUUAUAUGAAAGAGCAAGAUUUGUUUGAUGAUAUGUCACGUAGUUUUCCACUUUUUGAUGAGUCCAAACAUAGCAUUUUAUUGUCCGAGCUGAAGCAAUUAUAUGUUGCUGUUGCAAGCACAAAGCGGAGGUUGUGGAUUUGUGAUAACACAGAACUAUCCAAACCUAUGUUUGACUAUUGGAAGAAGAAGCUUCUUGUACAAGUAAGGGUACUCGAUAAUUCUCUUGCACAGGCGAUGCAAGUUACAAGCAGUCCCGAGGAGUGGAGAUCACAGGGCCUCGAGUUGUAUUAUAAGGACAGCUAUGAAAUGGCCACAAUAUGCUUUGAAAAAGCUGGUGAUGCAUUUUGGGAAAGCAAGUCUAAAGCUGCUGGCCUUGAAGCAAUGGCCGACCAAAUUCGUUCUUCCAAUCCCAAAGAAGCCAAUUCAGCCCUCAGAGAAGCCGCCGAAAUAUUCAAAGCCAUCGACAAGGCCGAUUCCGCUGCAAGGUGUUUUUAUAAUGCAGGGGAGUAUGAGAGAGCAGGUCAAAUUUAUUUGGAAAUAUAUGGCGACACUGAGCUGCGAAGAGCGGCGGAAUGCUUUUCUCUGGCAGGUCUCUACAAUCUUGCUGCUAAUGUUUAUGCUAGAGGCAAUCUUUUCCCAGAGUGUGUGACUGUUUGUGCCAAAGGAAAAUUAUUUGACCUGGGUCUGGCGCACAUAGAGCGCUGGAAACAACAGGAUAAGAAAGAGAGUGAUGUGACCAGGAAACAACCAGAAAUAGAAAAAAUUGAACAGGAGUUUCUGGAAUGCUCUGCUCUUCACUAUUAUGAGGUCAAAGAUCAUACGUCCAUGAUGAAAGUUGUCAAAGGUUUUAAUUCCAUGAAUUCGAUUCGUAUUUUUCUGAAUUCAUUGGGCUGCUUUGACGAACUUGCGACAUUCGAAGAAAAAUCAGGAAAUUUUGUGGAAGCUGCAGAAAUUGCAAAGCUGAAAGGAGAUGAACUACUUGCGGCAGAUCUUCUUGGAAAGGCUGGUAAAUACAAAGAAGCAGCUACUCUACUUCUUUCCUAUGUACUUGCCAACUCACUCUGGUCGUCUGGUAAAAACGGCUGGCCCUUAAAGCUGUUUAAAAAAAAGGAUAAUCUUCUAAUGAAGACCAAGUUAUUUGCCAAGAAUGAGACGGAAAGCUUUUACGAGUUUGUAUGCACAGAGGCUGACAUUUUGGAAAACAAGAAGAGUGACUUGUUGAUGAAAAAAUGUCAAUUGAAUGCUUCCAGGAGACACAAGAGUCUUGGAGGUGAAAUCUUAUCUGCUCGAAAAAUUCUGGACGAUCAUCUUGCGUCGAUGUUCAUGCAGUAUCUCUGUGAGGAGGAUUCGGUGCUUGAUCUUGAGAAGCAUUCUGAAGACGUGAUAUCUGAAAACCAAGUCUCAGUUGAAUCACUGGUCUAUUUCUGGAAGUUUUGGAAAGAGAAGGUUGUGGGUAUUUUUGAAUAUCUUGAACGUCUAGAGACCGAGGAUGUUUGUGACUUCAGAAGCUAUGGAGAAUUUUGUUUGAGCUUCUUGGGUGUUCAGAGGCAGUUCCAUGACCAAAAUAUAAUCUACAUCUUGCUCAACCCUGAUGCUGAUUGGGCGAGAAAUGUGGAGAAAAGAUGUGUUUGCAGUGAUGGAACGUUGGUUUCUAUCGAUGUUUGCCAGUUUGUUUCUGCUGCUCAGAUUUACUGGUGUUCGGAAGUACUCUCGGUUGGCUUCAAGGUACUACACAAGCUAGGAGACCUCUACAGCAUCGUGACCGAGAAUUCUGAUAUCAUUUUCAGGAAAUGCAGGAAUCUUACCCUAAUCUAUGAGGUUGUGGGUUCUCUUUUAGACUCCAAAUUCCUAAAGAUGUCGUGUCAAGAAUCAGAGGAUCUCCAGAAAUUUAUUAGACUAUCAACUGAUGAAUUUUGCAGCCACAUAUUCCCUUUAGAUUGGAGGAAAUCAUUGAUGGAGAACCUUACUCUCUUCAGAGAAACUGACUUUUGUAAGAAUUUUCUGAGGCAAGUCCUAAUUGAAUACACCAACCCGAGGAAUAAUCUUUCAGGGAAAAUUGGAAGUAUAGUCAUGGUUAUUCUCGGGUCUGGCAAGCUCAAUGCUGAGCUGCUCGAGAGGAUUUUCGAGAGUAUGGGCCGGAAUCCACGGUGGACGGCAUUCUUUGAGAUUCUAUCCAGGUCUAGAGGAUCAUACUUUCCAAGUCAGUCUCUGAUCAGUAGAUUUCAUGAAGCUUUGGAAGAUGCAUACAAUGCUAAUUACAGGGUAGAGUUUAACUGUAUAUCCCCCGGAAGUUUCUUGUAUCUAGUUGAUCGCCUUCUGAUUUGGGCAUCUUCCCAUCAAGGUUACGUGGUUACUACAAAGGCAUCCUUUGUUGAAUGGCUUAUCCACCAAGAAAUACAUGCCAAUAAUACCUGGUCAAGAUCCAAUGCAUCGGUAGAUUUCCAACUGUCCCUUCUAGCCGUCCUUAAGUUUGUGAUCAGUGUCAUCAAAACAUGCCUCUGCAAUAAGGGAUAUCUGAUUAAAUGGAUCAGGAGAUAUACCUCAAGGGAGAACGAGUACUACUCGAUACUCGUGUCUAGGAUGGUUGUGAUAAUAUGCUUGCUUCAUGCGAAUUUCAAUAUGUGUUUGGAUCUACUUUUUGAUUUGCUAGGGAGGAGCUACAUCACUGAACAACUGCCAUGGGAAUUUUCUGAUGCCCUUAAGUCACAUAUUUUAAGCUUGAAUCUAAAUGUGCUUGCUGAAGCAUUUCAAAAGAUUGAUAACUCGUUGGUGAUUGUGACUUUUGGGGCAGAUUAUACAAAGCAUUCAUUUCCAAGUGCUAUAGUUGUUGAUAUGGGGGUACACCAUUCCAAAAGUGACAUAAUGAGACAACUCUUCUCGAAAAGCGGUGAAGCUUCAGAAGGUGUAAGCCGAGCUGCUACAGUCGAAGCAAGCUAUUCUCCCAGAGAAACAGUUUCUACAGGCAGUUCUGCUGCAGGAAAGAAGAGUUCUGAUAUUCUGCAUUCUGACUUUGAGUUGGCAGCAGAGCAGGUCGAUCACACUCAGGACAAGCAUGAAAGUAACUUGUUAAUGGAUUACGUGUGCUUUUGGGAAAUAUUUGAAGGGAUAAACUCUCAAGAAAAUGGAAGAGAUGAAAGAAACUUCACAUCAAGUGCUCAAACAAUCAAGGUGGAAGUGGAGAAAUAUAUCCGCCUUUUAACCGCUGCAAUGAAUGGAAAUCUUCCAAAAAAUCUUGGCUAUGAAGAAAAAACCUCACGCGGGGAUGUGGUCAACAUGGUAUACGAAUUGAAACACCUUUCAGCUGCAUUGAAUGCAAGGAACAUGCCUCUAGUGAAAGAACUUUCUAAGAAGUUGCAAUUGAAAAGGCCGAGAAUGGAGCAUGUGUUGGGUCAGCUAUUUCACCAGCAUAAAACAGAUGAGGAAAAUACGACAGCGAAGGAGGCUGUUUCAUCAAGUCAUCAAUGUGAAAAGAAAGAUAUCAGCGCCACGCCUGAGAAGAUUAGCGAGUCUGACAAGGGCAAGUCGAAGGUUUCUCAAGCUAGCACUGUUCUGGAAAACAAAGCGGAAGUUGCAGCACCGAAACCAAAGGAUAGCUGUCACAUUCUCUAAUGUGGGGAACCAAUUAUGGAAGCUGCCUUCUCUUUUGACAAGUGUUAGAGAGGUUACUAAUGCUCUAAAUAUGAGAAUCCAGGUCUAUAAGCCUCUAAGAAACUCCUGAAAUAUCAAUAUUUAUUGUAAAUGAACAUUAAGUUUACUUGGUUUGUUUUGAAGUCUAAAAAUCACAAUCUUCCAGCUAAAAGUAAUACAUUGAAACGAAUUCUGUGUGUUGAAAGUCUGUAAUUCAAGAAUCCCCAGCAGUAACCAUUUCUGCAUACAGGGGCAUAUAUAUUUAUGUUAUUAAACAGACAAAA